AUGGAAGUGACCCAGCCAGCAUUCAUGAUGGUAAAGAUAUCAGAGGCCGCCCACUUUGAGUGUGAAAUCAAGAACUUGGGUAAUGCAGAAGAUCUGACAGUCACUUUAUUUAAAGAAGACAAUGGGUCCAUUGAGAUCUGUGCCUCUGCCUUUACUCGUGACGGGAUCAUAUUAGGCCACCAGAAGGAAAACCACAGAUGCCAAGUUUAUCCUGGUCACGACUGGGUAAAUGUAACAGUUUUGGGUCUACAGUCAAGUGAUGCUGGUUUGUACAUUUGCCAGAUUGAACGGAUAUCCCCUCCACCCUACUAUCCAGUCAAAGGAAAGGGGACCCAGCUCUUUGUCAUUGUGUCUCACCGCGAGGGAAAAUUCCACUCCGAACUCUCCAAGCUGAUGAUCGUGGCCGAAAAAUCCCACGACGAACUGUGA